CUGAAUAAGAUUGUUAUUAAAUCGGCCAAACAUCUGUAUUUAUACCACCUCUCUCCAUUGUCCCAAAACACAUUUACACAUUCUUUCUCACUCAACAAACACGCAUUAGUAUUUCAAAAAGAAAUUCGAUAAUAAUGUCUAGCAGAAGAUCGAGGCAACCAUCAACGAGGAUCACCGAUGAUCAGAUCAUACAACUACUCGCGAAGUUGCAACAACUUCUUCCAGAGAUUGGUAAUCAUCGUUCAAACAAGGCAUCGGCUUCAAAAGUGUUACAGGAGACUUGCAACUACGUUAGAAGCUUGCACAGGGAGGUUGACGAUCUUAGCGACCGAUUGUCACAGUUAUUGUCCACCAUCGAUUCUCAGAGCCCUGAAGCUGCAAUUAUUCAAAGUUUACUCAUGUAAUUUGUAUCUAAUUUAUUUUGUAUUUCGUCAUAAACUAAUAUUAUAUAUUUUAACGUUUGUACUUAGAUAUGUGAGAUUUAAUAUAUUAUUAUUGUAAUAUUUAAUCUUGUAACCAUUAUAAUCAUUUAUAUUAUAUGGAUCAAA